AUGCUGCCUUCCUCCCGGACCCAGCUAGGGCUCUUCUUCAUCCUCCUCUGCCCCGCCAACAUCAUCGGGCUCUGGUGGGCAGUGGGGAGCCCCCUGGUCAUGGACCCCAACAGCAUCUGCCGCAAGACGAAGCGGCUGGCGGGGAAGCAGGCAGAGCUGUGCCAGCUGGAGCCGGAGAUCGUGCAGGAGGUGGCCAAGGGCACCAAGCUGGGCGUCCGGGAGUGCCAGUACCAAUUCCGCUUCCGCCGCUGGAACUGCACCAGCCACAGCAAGUACUUCGGCAAGAUCCUGCAGCAGGAUAUCCGGGAGACAGCCUUCGUGUACGCCAUCACGGCGGCCGGGGUGAGCCACGCCAUCACGCAGGCCUGCAGCAUGGGCGAGCUGCUGCAGUGCGGCUGCGAGCUGACACGGAGCCGGGCUCCCCCCUCGCCCGCGGCGGGUUCGGGCACUGAGGGCACAGCCUGGGAAUGGGGGGGCUGCGGGGACGACGUGCAGUUCGGCUACGAGAAAUCCCAGCAGUUCAUGGAUGCCAAGAGCAAGAAAGGCAAAAAUGACAUCCGAGCUCUCAUCGACCUGCACAACAACGAAGCUGGGCGCUUGGCGGUGCGCAGCUACAUGAGGACAGAGUGCAAAUGCCACGGGCUGUCGGGCUCCUGCACCCUGCGAACCUGCUGGCGGAAGAUGCCCCAUUUCCGCGAGGUGGGGGACCGCCUGCUCGAGCGCUUCAAUGGGGCUUUCAAGGUGAUGGGGGGCAACGACGGGAAAACCCUCAUCCCCGUGGGCGACAACAUCAAGCCGCCCGACAAGCAGGACCUCAUCUACUCAGCCGACUCGCCCGAUUUCUGCUCGGCUAACCGUAAGACGGGCUCGCUGGGCACUCGGGGCCGCGUCUGCAACAGCACGGCCAUGGACACGAGCGGGUGCGACCUGCUGUGCUGCGGGCGAGGGCACCGGGACGAGACCGUGGUGCUGGAGGAGAACUGCCUUUGCCGCUUCCACUGGUGCUGCGUGGUGCAGUGCCGCAAGUGCUCCGUCCGGCAGGAGCUCAGUCUCUGCGUCUGACGGCUCGGGGUGGGGCGAGGACAAUUUUGGGGGGCCACCCCCUGGCUCACACUGUGUCCCCACCCCCCCGGG